CAGCAUGAUGUCCAUAUAGGAGAGAUGACUGUAAGAGAAACAUUGGCAUUCUCCGCAAGAUGCCAAGGAGUCGGAAGUAGUCAUGGUUUGUUGCCGACUCUUGAUCUUUUGGAUAAAUAAUUUUUAAAGAAAGGAAUAUCCUUAUCCUGGUUGUCUUUUACGUUGAAUUUUUUUGCAGAAGUUCUGGCAGAGUUGUCGAGAAGAGAAAAGGGAGCAAACAUAAAGCCUGAUCCUGAUGUGGAUAUGUACAUGAAAAUAGCAGGUAUGGAAGGACAAGAAGCAAAUGUUGUCACGGAUUAUAUUAUUAAGGUUCUGGGAUUGGAUAUUUGUGCCGAUACUAUGGUAGGAGAUCAGGCAAUUAGGGGAAUCUCUGGAGGUCAGAGAAAACGUGUUACUACAGGGGAGAUGUUGGUUGGACCAGCCAAGGCACUUUUCAUGGAUGAGAUAUCCACUGGCUUAGACAGUUCCACCACUUUCCAAGUCGUGAACUCGAUCGGACAAUUUGUCCAUAUCCUCAACGGCACCGCUCUUAUUUCGUUGCUCCAGCCAGAACCCGAGACUUACGAUCUUUUCGAUGAUGUCAUUCUGAUUUCCGAAGGGCGGAUUGUUUAUCAGGGACCACGAGAGAACGUGCUCGAGUUCUUCCAAUCAAUGGGCUUCAAAUGCCCCGAGAGAAAAGGGGUGGCUGACUUCUUGCAAGAAGUAACGUCAGAGAAAGACCAGCAGCAGUACUGGAGCGACCGUUACAAGCCUUACAGAUAUAUCACAGCAGGAGAUUUCGCUGAAGCGUUUAAGUCAUUUGAAAUCGCACAGAAACUAAUUACGGAGUUAGCAGAACCUUUUGACAAGAGUAAAAGCCAUCCAGCUGCUCUGGUAUCUGGAAAAUACGGUGUUAGCAAAAUGGAGCUACUAAAGGCUUGUGCCUCAAGAGAAAUCUUGCUUAUGAAGAGAAACAUAUUUAUCUACAUCUCGAGAAUCAUAAGGCUUGCUAUAAUGGGUUUCAUUGUCAUGUCUCUCCUCUUCCGUACAAGAAUCCACCACGACUUUAACGGUGGGCGCUUGCUUGCUGCCGGUCUUUAUUACACUCUCAGCACUAUCAUGUUCGGCGGAAUCGCCGAUAUAUCCAUGACCAUCCAGAAGCUUCCGGUAUUCUACAAGCAAAGGGAUCUUUUCUUUUACCCUGCUUGGGCUUAUGGUCUUCCGUCAUCGAUAAUCAAAAUCCCUGCUCAAGCUGUUGAAAUAGCUGCCUUUGUGGUAAUCACAUACUAUGAAAUUGGAUAUGACUCAAACGUUCGAAGAUUGUUCAAGCAGUAUUUGCUGCUCUUACUUGUACUUCAAACAGCAUCUGCACUGUUCCGAUGGAUUGGAGCGGUUGGUAGGAAUAUGGUUAUUGCAAACACGUACGGCUUUUUUCUGAUGCUCCUAAAUCUUUCAAUGAGUGGUUUUGUCCUUUCAAGAGAAAAUGUAAAAAAGUGGUGGUUAUGGGGUUACUGGUCCUCAGCAGUGAUGUAUGCAGAAAAUGCGCUUAUUGUGAACGAAUUCACGGGGUAUAGUUGGAGAAAUAUUUCCUCAAAAACCAAUGUGCCGUUGGGAGUUGAGGUUGCGAAGUCUCUAGGAUAUUUUCCCCAAGCAUACUGGUACUGGAUAGGAUUUGGGGCAUUGUUUGGCAUGGUGCUUUUAUUCAACUCGUGUUACAUUCUCGCUCUCACGUAUUUAAGCCCACUGGGAAAGCCUCAAGCUAUUCUGCCACAAGUACUCACAAAGAAUGAGAAUGAUAAUGAUAAUGAUAAUGAUGUUGUAACUGAAGAGAACGGGAGGAAUGAUCGAAACAGAAAGAGGGGUGGAGUCGUUCUUCAGUUCGAACCACACUCGAUCACAUUUGAUGAGGUCAAGUACUCUGUAGAGAUGCCGCAGGAAAUGAGAAACAGUGGUGCCGGUGAAGAUAGAGUGGUUCUUCUGAAGGGUGUUAGUGGGGCUUUUAGGCCAGGUGUUCUCACUGCUCUCAUGGGAGUUAGUGGGGCCGGUAAAACCACACUUAUGGAUGUUUUAGCCGGUCGAAAAACAAGUGGAUUCAUUGACGGUAAUAUUACAAUAUCUGGUUAUCCGAAAAAGCAAGAGACAUUCGCUCGGAUUUCUGGAUACUGCGAACAAAACGACAUCCAUUCUCCCUGUGUCACAGUUUACGAGUCGCUUCUUUUCUCAGCUUGGCUGCGUUUGCCCCCAGAUGUUGAUUAUGAAACCAGAAGGAUGUUAGUGGAGAAGGUCAUGGAACUUGUAGAACUAACUCCAUUAAGUGGAGGUUUAGUUGGUCUACCUGGAGACAGUGGUCUAUCGGCAGAGCAGCGUAAGAGGUUGACCAUUGCAGUUGAGCUUGUGGCAAAUCCAUCAAUCAUAUUCAUGGACGAGCCGACUUCAGGCUUAGAUGCAAGAGCUGCUGCAAUUGUGAUGAGAACUGUCAGAAACACUGUUGACACUGGAAGGACAGUUGUCUGCACUAUUCAUCAGCCUAGUAUCGACAUUUUUGAAUCUUUCGACGAGCUAUUCUUGAUGAAGCUAGGAGGGCAAGAGAUAUACGUAGGGCCAUUGGGCCGACAUUCUUGCCAUUUGAUCCACUAUUUUGAGGGAGUUGAGGGAGUAACGAAAAUCAGGGAUGGUUACAAUCCAGCAACGUGGAUGCUCGAGGUUACUUCUUCAAAGCAAGAAAUGAUUUCGGGUAUUGAUUUUGCACAAGUGUACAGAAACUCAGAACUGUACAGGAGGAAUAAAGAUCUGAUCAAUGAGUUAAGUAGGCCUAAACCCGGUGCAAUAGACCUGUAUUUCCCAACUCAGUAUUCACAGCCUCUGUUCACUCAAUGCAUCGCUUGCCUAUGGAAACAACAUUCGUCAUACUGGAGAAAUCCUUUAUAUUCUGCAGUAAAAAUCUUGUACACAACUUUCAUAGCAUUGAUUGUCGGUUCGAUGUUCUGGGAUCUUGGUUCUAGAAAGGGUACUAAACAAGACAUUUUCAAUGCUAUGGGCUCUAUGUAUGUUUCUGUUUUUCUUCUCGGGAUGCAAAGUGCCUCGUCUGUGCAGCCAAUUGUAGCUAUCGAACGAACGGUAUCUUGUCGGGAAAGGGCAGCUGGCAUGUAUUCUGUCUUGUCGUUUGCCUUCGGACAGGUUGUUGUUGAAAUCCCGUAUAUUUUUGCUCAGACGGCUAUAUUCGGGACCAUCGUAUACGCUAUGAUGGGAUUCGAGUGGACAGCUCAAAAAUUCAUGUGGUAUAUUUAUUUCACCUUCUUCACACUAUCCUACUUCACCUUUUUUGGCAUGAUGGCAAUAGCCAUGACUCCAAAUCAACAAAUCGCAAGCAUUAUAUCGGCUACAUUUUACUCGUUCUGGAAUCUCUUCUCCGGAUUCGUGAUUCCAAGACCAAGUACACCUAUGUGGUGGAGAUGGUACCACUGGGCGAGCCCCGUGGCGUGGACAUUAUACGGUUUGGUCGCAACGCAGUUUGGGGAUGUUAAGGAUGAGUUGGAUCAGACAGGCAAAUCCGUUGGAGAUUUCGUGACGAGUUAUUUCGGGUUCAGACGUGAUUUUGUUGGUGUUGUUGCUGUUGCGGUUGCUGGAUUUGCUGUUCUUUUUGCUGUCUUGUUUGCAUUAUUCAUCAGGGUGUUCAAUUUCCAGAGGCGAUAAAUAGUUCUUCUUCAUCGGAGAUUCUUG